CGUUUCCGUAGCAACUGUGGCCCGGUCCUUUACGCGCAGCUGCCGCGGUUUUACCGGAGUGAUCCACCGGUGGUGGCCGGGAUACCGCCUCAGACACGCGGAGCCUCGAGACACGCGGGCCACGCAGCGCCGAGGAACGAGCCCGCAGCUCUAUGAGAUGCUGAAUAUGUGGAAAGUCAGGGAGCUCGUGGACAAAGCCACUAAUGUGGUUAUGAACUACUCUGAGAUUGAGUCAAAGGUCAGAGAAGCCACCAACGAUGACCCCUGGGGACCCUCUGGGCAACUCAUGGGAGAAAUAGCCAAAGCUACGUUUAUGUACGAGCAGUUCCCAGAGGUGAUGAACAUGCUGUGGACCAGGAUGUUGAAAGAUAACAAGAAAAACUGGAGACGAGUCUACAAGGCCUUACUCCUGCUGGCCUAUCUGAUCAGGAAUGGGUCUGAGAGAGUUGUAACCAGCGCCAGAGAACACAUCUACGACCUGCGAUCUCUAGAAAAUUACCACUUCAUUGAUGAGAAUGGUAAGGAUCAGGGUAUCAAUGUGCGUCAGAAGGUGAAGGAGAUGGUGGAGUUCAUCCAAGAUGAUGACAGACUUAGAGAGGAGAGGAAGAAAGCAAAGAAGAACAAAGAUAAAUACAUCGGAGUGUCUUCUGAGAGCAUGGGUGGAGGAGGGGGCACCUUUAAGAAUUCUAAUGAACUGGAUCGGAGUAAGUGGGAUGAGGACUGGGACAAGAGCAGAGGAGCUUUCCCUUUCAGUGAGAAGCUCGGAGAAAUCGGUGAUAAGAUCGGCAGCACCAUCGACGACACACUCAAUAAGUUCAGAAAGAAGGAACGGGAUGACUCUCCUGACAGAAUCAGUGACAACGAGGAGGACAGAACAUCAAGAAACAGUAGGCAGGAAACAGUCGAGUUCAAAGACGAAGAGGAAACUGUCACAACAAAGAGCAUCCAGAUCACACAAGCAACAGAAACCACAACCACCACCACACGGAAACGCAGCGGAGCAGCAAACUGCAAGACGCUGGACCUGGGUGCUGCAGCGCACUACACAGGAGACAAGAGCCCCGAAGAAAAGUCAACAGUCAACAGAUCUUCCAGUAGUGGACUGGCUGACCUGUUAGUGAUUGACCCUUCAUCCAGUGAGAGCGCAGCAGCAGGAGGCAGUUCAGACCUCUUUGGAGGAUUUGCUGACUUUUCCUCACCUGCGGCCUCUGCAAGCCUCCCCACCUCCACAGCUGCUGUGCCGUCCGGUGGAAAUGGAGAAUUUGGUGACUGGAAUUCCUUUUCAGGAAAUCCCCCGGCUUCUAGCUCUGGUCCAUCCCAGCCUGGGGCUGACCUGUUUGGCAGCAGCCAGUCGAAUACGACACCAGCCUCUAAGUCCACCACUGUUCCACCGUCUGCUGAGCUUCUGGACCUGAUGGGCGGAGUUAACAAUCAACUGACCAGUCCACAUGCAACACUCAGUGCUUCUCAGAGCAUGACGUUCUCUUUGGGAGGAAUGACGCCGGGAGCAGCUGUUGCUAUGCCUACGAUGCCCCACUCUCUCUCUCAGCAGGUACAAAUCACAGGACAAUUUGUCUUAAGAUGUUGA